CCCGCCCAGCCGGCUCGCCUCCUCAUCUCGGUUCUGGUCAGCCGCCCCGACCGAGAUGGCUGACGAGAAGGAGCAGGUGGCGGCGCCGGGUCGCCUGGACUGGGAACGGCUGGCGGAAGAGGACGAGGACGGGGGCUGUGAGGCGAAGCCCGUCGGCGGGCGGGAGGCGGCGGCGACUUGGAAGAGGCCGUUCUGCGCUUUGGCCGCCUUCCUCUGCGCCAACCUGAUCUUCUGGUUCCUUGCACUGACUCCUUGGAGACUGUAUCAUCUAAUUUCACACGUACUCCUUGGCGUUGUAAUGCUGCAGAUCAUGCAGGAUUUGGUCUUGUCUAGAGAAAGAGGUGCACAAUUGUGGAGAAGCCUCACUGACCGUUUUCCAGAAAUUAUAAGAACAAAGUUGGCAGAUGACAACAGUGAACUAGAUGUAUCAGCCUUGUGUCCUAAGGUUAGCCCUACAGUUGUGGCCAGAGAGAUGUCUGUAUCAGAUACUGAUAUAUCGGAGGUAUCUUGGACUGACAAUGGGACUUUCAAUCUUUCUGAGGGCAACACUCCACAAACAGACACAUCUGAUGAUUUUGAUCGCCACGAGGAAGCUUUCGCAAAAGAUCUCGCAGAAUUUCCAUCCGUGGAAAACGGUGCAGGAACAAAUGAUGACGACGAUUCAAGCAUUGGCAUCCCUGUCCGUCAAGAGAGAAAAAAGGACCAUCUCUCUACCACAUCAGAUUGCCGUACCAGGCAGGAUAAGGAGGGGCACUCUGCAGCAGGCCUUUCCUUGCCAUUGAUCAGCGACCCGGCUUUCAGCUUAGUAAGAGCAGUUGCCGGAGAUGUUGUUACGUCGGUGGUGUCCGCAGCUGUCAGAGACCAGUUGCAGUCUGUGCAAGGCGACCCAAACUUAAGCGAAGAGACAGACACAGAGGAAGGCGACGAUUUUGAACUGCUUGACCAGUCAGAGCUUGAGCAGAUAGAAAGCGAACUGGGGCUUACCAAAGGCCAAGAGGCAGAACCACAAGAAAAGAAGUCUUUAGGCUUCCUCUCAAACCUGCUUGGGGGCCAUUAACUGGAGCUGCUUAAUAGUAUAGAGGAAAUAAAAUAUAGACCAUGUGAAAUGCAAAAGAAAAAAAAAGGAAAAUGAUGAGCUGUAAGCUUUAUUAUUUUAGAUGUGCUGUUAUGUCCUCCAUGCACAGUGUACUAACUUGUUGCAGAUCAGUUGAUGCUGGUAGUUUUGUUUCUGAUAGUGAUCCCAUAGAAAUGAAAAAUGUAUCUCAUUAUUUUGUAUCAAAUGAAUUUAAGAGGCAAGGUUUUAAAGAUAUAGAUAUAGAUAUAAAUUGCCAAAUGUAGCUCCCUCGUGGCUGUAACCAAAUCCUUUUCACCUCCAGCCUGUUUACUCUUACUUUUCAAGCGUUUAGGAGCAAUGCUUCAGGGAGAGAAGAUAUCAACAGGAAUCAAGAAGCCAUCAUGUCCUAGUUACCUCCUAUGUAGCAGAAUAUCUAAACCUCCAAGAGUAAACAAAUGUCUGAUAGGCUCAGAGACUCUGAACCCUUUUGCAAAUAUCUCUGAUUUAUGACUCCAGACAUCAUCAUUGUAACUGAUUGCCAUCAUUUGUGUUACCUAUAUGAAUUCCUGGAGAUUCUUUUCACACAGGACAGUGUGAUGCAUUUAAAAUUUACUUCCAUUCUUGUAGGCCAUUAGCCUAACAGAAUGGCAUAAUUUCAUGCUUGGUGUACUCUUUUACUAGCUUCAUAGCAAAAGGAAAGAACAAUACAUUUGAGGCAGUAUAUAAGCCAUCUACAUGUAGUAUAUGUAUAUGCAGUGUGGGGUUGAAUUUGGGUUUGGGGCAAGGAAACCAGGGAGAUAUUCAAUAACUGAAUAGACAGUCUCCUGUUCAUCAAUUCUAUGCUCUUAGGACCUAAGUAUUACAUUGCAUCUAAAAUGAAAGAAUUUGACUGCUAUAUUCAGUUCCUCAAGAACUACUGCUUGCAAAAGAAAUGUAGAAUAUUCUAUUCCUAGCAUAGAAGUAGAGGCUGUUGCCAUGAAACACUCCUAAUUUUAACAACUUGCAUAUUGUGUGGCUGACUCUGGAUCAUCUUAAAAUGUAACUUGUCUUCUCAGCUUUGUGGUUUACCUUUAAAGUUGACAGUAGCAGGCAGUGCCUUAUCAAGGUAAACCAAAGUUUUAAAAAAAGAAAUACUGCUAGUUCUAAUAGUAUGUUAUAAAAAGCCAGCAGAUUGAGGGACCAUAUCGGCUGUUUUGAUUAAUCUCAAACUGUUACAGAUUUUUACUGGCAUUCUAACAGACAGACAUGGUUAUGUUGUGAGCCUCUAAAAAGUGCAGCCCCAGUUUAUAGGGUGGUGCUCUUUUCCCACCAUAGCUUCCAUUUUCAAUAGGCAAGGUGCGUAGUAUCACUGCCCAAAAUGUUAACUUGGGAAGGAUAUGUUAGGAGCUCAGUUUCCUUCUCUUCCCUCCUGCCCUACGCAAGGUGUUUAAGGAGACCCCAGACAGACAAGACCAAACUACAAUAAUGUCAGCUCUCAUUCCAAAGCAGCUUGGUCAACUAUCUCCAUACCUGGCUUGAUAAUGAUUUCACCUCCCAUCAGAUGGGGGCAUGGUGAAAUGGUUAUGCAGAAUGCAGGGAUUUGGAAGGUACUACAGACUCAAAUGGAUACUUGCUUAGUAUUGAUUCUGCUAGUGCCUGUGGUUUCAUAUAUCACAGACACAAGCAGAAUCGUGUGUGCGUGUCUGCCAAGUUUUCUGUUGGUUAAGUGGGUGCCUUCAUUCUUCAGCCUAGAGUCACGUGGAUGAAAGUGGAUUUAGGCCAUGCAAAAGAUGGGAGACAUAAACAUUAAUAAUAUUUACUCCCAAGUCCCACUGACUUUCAAGCAGGUUUGCUCCUAAGUGGGUUUAGGAUUGCAACAAAGCAAUUGCCUAAUGCAAGAUUCCGACAGUUGUUUCCGAUCAAAGAUGCCCCACAAAUAGUGUACUCACUAUCUCAGGUUUUUAUGUAGCUCUGGCUUUGAUACCAUUGGGCAGUGCUCUUAUUUUAUUUUAUUUUAUUAAGAAGUUGUCUAUGAACAAAUAAAGGAAUAGAGGAAAGCACUUCCACCCAAGAGAAUGCUGUACCCAUAAAUAUAGAUAUGCUCAGCAGAAGCUCACAGUGACCUCUUCCCCUUGUUAAACAUGGGGUUCCUUUUUCAUGGUGGAAGUGCAGUUAAUCAAACUUUAUCCAUUCUAUAGAUACGUCCCUUCAAUCCUAAACACAUUUACUUGGGAAUAAGCCCUACUGAAUUCAGUGAGAUUUACUUCUGAGUAAGCAUGCACCAGAUUGCGCAGUUAAAUAGUUGAGGCUGCUUAGGGAGAGAGCAGGGAGGGGUUUGAAGAAGACUUGUAAGAAGACUGGCAGAGCAUCUUCCUGGCUCAUACCAGCUGUGUUGUAAAAUGUAACUGUGUGCACUUUAUUGUUGUUUUUAGAAGAAAUGUUUCAGGGAUUUCCAAAUAUCCAAUACUGCGGUGGUACUCUUAAAAGGACUGAAGUUCCAACGUUCAUCAUUAAAAGCAGCUGGUGGGCCUGCUUGAGACUUCCUGUAAACCAGUUUUUCUGGUAUUGAGACAAAAAAGUACGAUCGUAAUAUUAUAAAAUAAAGCCCCAGUCCUGAAAACA